AUGAAGAAUCCAAUCCAAUCCUUCUACCAACUCAGUUGGGUCCAAAAGUAUGAAAAUUACUUAAAAUCCAAACGAGUCAUACUUUCUUUUCUUUUAAUCUUCACCAAUCUAUUGGCUGGUAUUGUAUAUGGUUACGCUUUAGGAAGUAUUGGAGCAGCGUUUACUUCGGCAAGUGCAGCAUUUCCAAGCACUUCAUCAACAACAACGAAUAACACCCUUUCAUCAGCUGCUCGUUUCAUUCUCAGAGAGGCGCUGAGAAAACAUGAGGUGGAUAUUUCAUCGUCCUUCCAAAAUAAGAAUACAAACAACCAAGAUGCGAGGAUAACGCGCAGUGAUGAUAGACCAAUCUCAUCAAAUCUAGUGAGCACUUCUCUGGACUACUACUCCCCAAUCCAUGACCUCAAGAAUGAGAUCUCACCGCUACUUAUGACCUCUAUAUCAAGUAAUGUCAGUAAUCCAAAUACGACCUCAACUACCAAUUUUGAUUUAGGAAAUUCAUUACUUCAAGGCUUGUUUGCCUCAAGUAUUUUCAUUGGAGGCUUCGGAGGAGCCAUGUUCGUCAUGCUCUUUGGAAAUUAUUUAGGUCGUAAAUUAUGCAUGAUUUUGUGUUGUGUGGUGUUUUCCAUUGGAUGCAUUGGUGCAAGUGCUUCCAAUUCCUAUGCUUCAUUGAUUGUUUUCAGAUGUAUCAUGGGAUUUGGUGCUGCCAUUUCAACCUCUGUUUGUUCCGUUUAUAUGGCUGAAUUGAUGCCCUUUUCCAAAUAUCAAGGUGUCUUGGGGGCCAUGUACAAUAUGGGCAUUGCUACGGGACUCUCCAUCGCCUAUGUCAUUGGAGCCAUUUUUACGGGAGCGUCGAGUGGUGGCCAUUCUUCCUCUCUAAUACAGAAAGAACAAUGGCGCGCAGUACAUGCCUUUGGAAAUUUAUUUUCCUUGCUCUUGUUGUUCUUGAUUGUAUGCUGCAUUCCAGAAUCACCCUUAUUUGUUGGAAGUAGCAGUGGUAGCAGUACCAGUGAGAAGGAUGGAUCUGAGGAGCAGAAUACGGAGAAGAAUUCAAUGGUUGGAACAUGGAACAUCAGUCAUGAAACAGAAAUGGUGGAAGAUCCUUCCUUACUUAAAAUGGAAAGAGAUCGAAUUUCUCAGAGUCGAAUGCAAGCAUUGAAUUCAACCGCCACCACUACCGCUACCACUACCACCACCUCAACAACACUCUCCAAUACUCAAGUUACUGCUGCUGGUUCAGACCAUCCAUCCAAAGAUUCAAAUGAUGAUGCAACUCCUCAUCAUGAAAAGAAAAUGCCAAUUUUAAAAGUUUUGAAGAGAUUAUUUUGUUCCAAAGUAAUUAUUGCAACUCUACUUGCUAGUUACUAUUGUUUUGCAAUUGAGUGGACAGGUAUUCAGAGUGCAACAUUAUUUACUCCCUCACUAUUAGAAUCUGCUGGUGUGAAAGAACCUCUCCAUCAACUAUUAUGUUCCUUUGCAAUUAAUGUUUGGCAAGUGUUGACCAAUAUUCCAAUUAUAUUCUUAGUGGAUCGAUUUGGACGAAAAACCAUUCUACUUUUUGGAUUAACCGUUUCAGUAUUAACCGAUUUAGCAGAAGGUUUCAUCUUCCAAUUUGCCACCGAUGGCUCAACUGAAAAGAUUGUUCUCGCUCUCGUAUUUAUGGCCAUCUAUCUGGUUGGAUUUAAUAUUGGUUUGGGAUCUCUCACUUUCAUUCUCGCUCAUGAAGUAUUUAAUGGAGAACAUGAAAGAGUGGUUGUGUUGGGAACUUCCAUGGCUACCAUGUGUUUAUGGAUCUUUUCAAUCAUUCUGAGCUUAUUCUUUAUACCAGUGGUGGCUGCUACCAAUCAAGCUGUACCGUGGUUCAUCUUUGCUGGAUUUUCAUUCAUUGGUUUGUUGUUGAGUGUCUUUUUGUUGAAAGAAACCUCGCCAUUCGUGUUGGCAAAACAUAAAACAAAGGAAGAAGCGAAAAAGGAAAAGGAACUGAAAUUAACACAGACACAGCAGGAGAAGGAGGAAAAGAAGAAGUCUCAAUCGCUGACUCUUCCUUCGUCGUCCAUGAAUGAUCCAUUCCAUGAUGUUGCUGCUGAUUCGCAUAAGGAUCAUCAUGAAAAUUCGAAAGUGCAUGCCGAUAUUCAGAAUACCACCAGCGACAUGGCUCAAUAG